GGCGUCGGUACGGUUCCCAUACACGUAGCUCAAAGUUUCUACCGUCGCUUACACACACAUAUACACAUGUACAUAUACAUUUGCAUAUACACAUGUACAUGUGCACAGGUAUAUAUAUGUACAUGUACAUGUGUGUCGACGCAACAAGACCCGAUACGUAUACGUAUUUGUCCAUGCUUGGUGAACAAGCGAGAGUGCAGCAAUUGCAAAGCAGUGGUAUUAAUUUGUAUUCGUUGGCGCGACAGUGAGCGGAGAGACACAUGACGGCAUACACACUGACAAGAUGCUCUUGAAUGACUCUUUGCAUAAACAAAUGAACGAUAGGCUGCUUGCUUUGCUGCUUCUUUUCCCACGGCUUCACGUCAUUCAUCGCCCUCCACAGAAUAUAGGAGCAAGGGCCAUGCUUCCGUGCCUCCGCAGGCUGAUCGAUUGGAAACGCUACAUAGAAACUUCUGCUCACUUCAUUUCUUUUGCCCGAGCAUUUGGACUGCAUUGGUGUCUCCGUCCUUCACACAUUUGCACACGAAAAGACACAGACAGGAAAACACAUCGGCCUCACGGCACAAAGGUACGAACACGUAUGGUCUAUCCGACACACAAAGUACAUCAGACACAAGACUGGGCACCCAACAGACAGACAGAGAUCUGUGUGUGCACGCAGGCGUGACAAGACGUGCACUCACACAUCAGCCAGCUGGCUAUAGCUGUGGCCUCGGAACCCCUAAAGCACCAAACGAACACACUACACGACGCCUUCGCCUUUCAGCACACAUGGAUGGAUGGUACGGAUAAAGGUCUUUCCCCUGCCGGCCUGUUUUGAGCCGGGCAGGAGCAAGAGAGGCAGCAGGGUAGCAUCGACAAGGAGACACACAACCACACACACACACACACACACACACAGACAGAGAGAGAGAGAGAGACACAUACACACGAACCCCGCUUUACACAUGAAGGCAAGCAGUGGUAUGGCCAGCGGAAAAACCACAUGGGUGCAUGUCCGGCCUGCGAGUGUUGGGAGGCAAAUCCCGUCAAGUCACAGGCAUGCAGGCUGUGCACAGCGGCUGCUCUCGUACGAACACUCUGGGCCCCACUUCAAAAACUGCACCCAGGACACACUCACACUCACACACAUACACAUACACAUCGAUGAACACAUACACAACAAAAUGCCACGAGAGGUCAAAAGUGCGCGAAGGACAUGGUGCGGAAACAAAGGAAAAGGAAAACAGAGUGGCAAAAGGUGGACAAUGCGAACCACAGAAAUUGAUUCACUGACAAGGAAGUCACGUAUUAAAAGAGACCAUGCCGAGAUACCUCAGUAUUGGUCAAGAAAGUUGUUGUUCUGCCCACGAGGCACGGGAAUCGUGACUGCAGACACACCCAACGAAGCCACAGGAAGUAAGAGACAUUCUCCUUUCUCCCUCUCAGGUCUGCUGCGCAGCUUACAGUGCACUUCGAUGUCCUUGCCCUCGAUCUCUCUAUUGAACGGCGUCGCUGCGAGUGUGUACAUGCCCGGCGAGCCGAUGGCCUCACUGGCGGCUUUGGUGAAGGGUGCUUGCAGAGCCAUCGUUUCCGAGCCAGCGGGCGGCUCGCUGUUGCCGAAGGCCGUAAAUGCUUGAUCCUUGGCGCCCUGGGUGGCCCUCUCGAGAUAGGGAGGAUCUCGUAUGCUGAGCAGCAAGGACAUCAAAUUGUGCGUGUGAGGACGUGUGCGUGUGUGUGGGUGCCUUACGUGUCCCAAUCCAUGAAGUUUCCCUUACACACCACACACAACAGAGCCAGAGCAAACACGUAUCAUCAAGUACGAUUCAUAAGUGUCUCUGCCCACUUGGUAGUCAAAGAGGAGGAACUGGACGGCUGUGACGCAGGCCGACUCGGGGACGGCCGUGAAGGUGAAGUCCAUACCCAUCUCAGCGGGCACCACAAAGUCAGUCGUGCCGUCUUCUAUCACCUUGGCGCUGCCCUCGGACUGCCCUCUCUUGACGUCCACCAGCUGGAAGCCGGCAAGGGACGGAGUGACAUCUGCAGACAGAGAGCGGCCACACGGAGAGAGAGAUGCACGAGACAAGUAGGUGCAUGGAGCUGCGAACACUGACCUGUGCAAUUCUGAGCUGUGUUUGCAAUCAGGAGCGACACACACAACGCACAACGUGAAUGGCGGCCAUCGAUCUCAUUUGCCCUGUGCUUCCCCGUUACCUUCGCCUGUUGACGCAUCCUCCCCUUCCUGCUUCAGUGUCAGGACGAUGCUCUCAAGAACGUCCCCUGGCACGCCGUCUGAAGGGGGAAGACGUUCGAAGACGUGGGAAGUGUAUGUACAGCGAGGGGCCCUCGGUUACCUUUUUCUGUGCCUGUGUCAGUGUCAGUAUCUCUGUCAGUGUCUGUGACUGUGACUGUGACUGUGUCAGAAUCUCUGUCAGUGUCUCUGCCUUUGUCAAUGAUAACAGUCACUAAGUCUUUUACGCCGUCCACUAAGUCGUCUAGGUCCUUCGGUUCCUUUGUCGGGUCCUGCUCUUCCCAUUCGUCUGCUGCGACGGCAAGCCCGAGCAGGGCGAGCGACAGCAGGGUGGCAAGAGAAAAGACCCGAAGAUGCAUAGCGAGAACGAGGACGGAACACGGCAGACCUUAAUAUCGUAUGGGG